AUGGAGAAAGCCUCAAGCAGCAAUGACUAUUCUGCUGCACAGCCGGAGCUAUCUGCGACGCGGGAAGAUGAUGUCACAAGGCCUCAAGCAAAAAAGCAUCAUUCAUUCUACCUGUCGAUAUUGAUGUUAACCAUGAUCGCUCUAAUCGUGGCUUGGGAUGCGACAGCCCUAUCUUUGGCUUUGCCCGUCAUUGCCGAACAGCUGCAUGCAACAAAUUUCCAGUCUUUUUGGGCCAGCAUAGCCUUUAUCCUCGGCAUAGCCGUCACUCAGCCCAUCUAUGCCAGUAUCUCAGAUGUUGUGGGCCGUAAACCUACUCUCUACGCUUCUGUCAUACUCUUUGGCAUUGGCUCCGUUGUCUUUGCUACCGCCAAAGAUAUGAACAUUGUUGUUGCCGGCCGACUAAUCAAAGGUCUGGGUGCUGGCGGACUAGACGUCUUACAAUCUAUCAUCCUCUGCGACAUUACAACCAUGAAGGAGCGGCCACGCUGGCUGGGCGUCAUGUCCAUGGCAAAUGCGGUAGGAGCUGUGACUGGGCCAUUCAUUGGAGGUGUAUUUGCCCAACAUAUUGGGUGGCCAUGGCUUGGCUGGAUAAAUCUGGUUGUAGUGGGCAUCACUGGUGUGUUGACCUUCUUCUUUCUCCACUUGACGCCUAUCGAGGGUAACCUCAUGGAGAAUAUGCGUAAACUUGACUGGUGUGGAUUCGCCCUUUUCACAAUUAUUGGGACAACGAUAGCACUGCCACUGAGUUGGGCCACGACACUGUAUCCUUGGGGAUCCUGGCAGACCCUCGUUCCGCUCCUGACGGGAUUGCUCCUGCUUAUUCCGUUUGGAUUCAUUGAGAGAAGGUCGGCAGCGCCUAUGAUUCCAUACCAAGCCGCGAAGAACAUCUCCAUUAUCGCGGGGUGUAUGGGCGGCUUUGUCUACGGCUCAUUACUGAACUCUAUACUCCUUUAUCUCCCGCUGUUUUAUCAGGCGGUGUACCUCGAAACCCCUCUCGAAGCCGCCAAGUCAACUCUACCUCUCUGUUGCCUAGUCGUCGCGAUGAGCAUCAUUGUCUCUGUGUUGAUUGAUCGGAUUCGCAAAUAUCGUCUUGCAUUGUGGACCGGCUGGACCCUUACAACCAUAUUCCUGGGCCUGAGCUACACAAUAGGCGCUGAAAGCAGUAGAGCUCACGCUUAUGCCUUUCAAGCUUUACUUGGAGCUGGUCUUGGCAUAUCUAUGAUGGCGGGACUGAUAGCAGUCCUUGCAAACGUGGAAAAGGUUGAUGACGAAGGACAGGUUGUAGGGAUGCUUGUCACAGCGCGUUUCUUAGGCUCAUUGAUAGGCUUGACUAUCUGUUCAACUGUCUUCAGCUCCAUGUUUCACAAAAGUCUCUCUUCGCUCAAGACUCUACCUGAGCAAGUUGCCGUAUUGGAGGAUGCCAGCCAAGCUGUAGGUUUCAUACCACGGCUCAGGGAGAUUCAAGUGCCAGAGGACAUCAUGCAUCGCGUGAUAGGGGCGUACGAAGAUGCUUUUCAAACUAUCUGGGUGGUAUUGGCGGCUCUUGCAGCGCUGGGAGUGCUGGCGGCGCUUUGCAUGAAAGAGCGAUCUCUGGAGAAAGAGGAUACUGGUCGGCAAGGAUUCAAAGCACCGUCUUCAGAGUAA